AUGGAGCUCCCAGCAAUGGUACUCUUUAUUGUCCUCCUCCUUUCGAGUCAUCUUGGAGCUGCCAGUGUAUCUGAUAGAAAGACGCGGCACAGCUCCGAGGCUGUACAAGAUUCAAUGAUCUACAGCUACAAGCAUGGAAUGAGAGGCUUUGCAGCGUUUCUAACUAAUGAACAAGCCGAUGCUAUUGCAAGUACGUACCUCAGCUGGAAAACGACUGCUCUUAUAACAUCUUCUCGCUGUGCAGAAAAGGAUGGCGUCCUCUCCGUGAUUUCGAACAAACUCCACAAAGUUCACACCACGCAGUCGUGGAGCUUCUUGGCCGGAAUGCCCGCACAAACUUGGACAGGAACGGAAGAAUGGUACUCCAAGAAAGCUCAAAACGUGAUAAUUGGAAUGCUGGAUUCUGGAAUAUGGCCUGAAUCCAAGAGCUUUCACGACGAUGGCAUGGAACCUGUGCCAAAACGCUGGAGAGGAGCUUGUGUACCUGCAGACCUGUUGCGGCUUUGCAGGAAGAUAAUCGGUGCACGGUUCUACUUCAAAGGAAUAAACGCCGAAGCUCCGCUAAAUGCUAGCGGUGCAAACUUUACCCUGUCCGCAAGAGAUGACGAUGGCCACGGCACCCACACGGCGUCAACAGCCGCUGGACGAGUUGUUCUUCGCGCCAGCUUUCCCGGAAAUAUUGCUUCAGGCACCGCUCGAGGUGGAGCACCUCUGGCAAGGCUAGCAAUCUACAAAGUCUGCUGGAACGAUUUUUGUUCGGACGCUGAUAUCCUUGCUGCCAUUGACGAUGCAAUCGCUGACGGAGUGGACAUAAUAUCGAUGUCACUGGGCCCGAAUCCUCCACAGAGUGACUUUUUCAGCGACACCAUAUCCAUCGGAUCGUUUCAUGCGAUGAGGCAUGGCAUAUUUGUCUCUUGCUCCGCUGGAAACAGCGGCGUUCCCGGCUCAGCUGCGAACGUUGCCCCGUGGAUUGCAACAGUCGGAGCGAGCUCGAUCGACAGGGACUUGGCGAGUAAUGUUGUCCUUGGUAACAACAUGAGUAUCAAGGUUGGCUGGUCUUUUGGGUCGUCACAGGUACUGACUUGGAAACACUUUGACAGGGGGAGGCAGCAAAUCCGGACAUAUAUAGAAGAAUUGUUAGAAACUUACUUCCCUUUAUAUGCCGCAUGCAGUUUCUGCCAAAACAAUACUUUGGACGCAUCUAAAGUAAAAGGCAACAUCAUUCUGUGCCUUCAGCCUUCCGCGCUGGAUUCGAGACCGCUCAAGAGUCUGGUGAUCAAGCAGCUAGGUGGCGUAGGAAUGAUUCUUGUUGAUGAGAUUGCCAAGGAUAUCGCAGAGUCUUACUUCCUGCCAGCAACUAAUGUUGGUGCAAAAGAAGGUGCUGUGAUUGCUACUUACCUCAACCAGACAAGACAGCCGGAUAUUACCGCUCCUGGAGUCAGCAUUCUAGCAGCAUGGUCACCAGUCGCGACUAAAGCUGUCGGAGGGCGAUCUGUCGACUUCAACAUAGUCUCGGGAACUUCUAUGUCCUGCCCUCACAUUACAGGCGUUGCGGCAAAUCUGAUAGCCAAGUUCCCGAGAUGGAGCCCCGCAGCUAUUAAAUCUGCAAUCAUGACAACGGCUUCGACUUUGGAUAACACAGGCGCGGCAAUCAACAAUCAAUUCUUCCAGACAGUUUCCGGGCCUUUCGACUUUGGAGCAGGACAUGUGAGGCCAAACCUGUCAUUGAGGCCCGGCCUUGUCUACGACACCGGCUUCCACGACUAUGUCAGCUUCCUGUGCAGUAUCGGCUCGUUAAAGCAACUUCACAACAUAACACACGAUGACACACCUUGCCCGAGUGCUCCGAUCGCUCCACACAACCUCAAUUAUCCUUCCAUCGCGGUCACCCUGCAGCGGCAACGAAAGACGGUGGUGUGCCGAACCGUGACAAACGUAGGAACUCCACAGUCGCUUUACAAGGCCACUGUGAAAGCCCCGAGUGGAGUUGUCGUGAACGUAGUUCCCGAGUGCCUGAGUUUCGAGGAGCUGCACGAGAAGAAAUCUUUCACGGUUGAGUUCAGCGCGCAGGCAUCAAGCAACGGAAGCUUUGCGUUUGGAUCACUUACAUGGAGCGAUGGCAGACACGACGUAACCAGCCCAAUCGCUGCCCUCACAUCUUAG